AUGCCGCGACCGCGCACGUGCUAUUGUUCCCGCUGCGGGGAUCUCGGUGAAUCUGUCUCGAAGGACACCUGGCGCCACCAUACAUUGCUGGACCUUCUGCCGGAGCCCAAAACCUACAUGCAAUACGAGGCACGUCUGCGAAAAGAAGUCGAUAAUUUGGAGGAAGAAGCAGCAGAGUACUAUGCCCGCAUUGCUGACCACAUUCGCUCCACCGAAACCGAGAAGGAGCUCGUUUCGAAGGGCGUGCAGACAGAGCAACGCUCCGGCGAGGCGGACAAGAUUGGAUCGCCACCGGCAUCCAAGAAAAGGAAGACGGACGAUGGCGAACAGAGCGAGUCCAAGCCUGACGAUGCUCAAGCAACAGACGGAAAGACGGCGUCGACAUCGUCUUCGCUGGUGACGAGCGAAGCCAGACGAGCGGCGCUCCCGACGCGGAAGUGCAUGUCGAUCGUCCCAGUCGAUGACUCGCCCUGA